AUGGUACGAGCAGCUCGGCAUCACACCUCCCCCUCGACUUCCCAAUGCAGAGCGGGACUUUGGGCAGAAUGCGUGAUUCUUUCUAUGAUGCGCCACAGGACAACUAUUCACCACCGGCUCAUCUUCCUGCACUCUCUCCGUUGCCGCCACACCUUGCCGCUCCCCCUGCUCCGGCGUUCCCAGCUCGUGAGCAUCGACAAUCCACAGCCCAUGUCGCAUCCAAAAUUUGAAGAGAUGGAUGGUGAAGAAUCUUGGGAAAAGUACGCAAAGGAGAUAGAAGAGAGGUCGAUGUUCUGUGUGAAGCUGUGGCGCGACCUCUGGGUUUGUCAGGAUUGGGACAAAGCGCAUUCCAGACCUUUACCCCGUUUCUGCCAUGUACAAUCUCUGUGGGGCCAACAAACCUGUGACUGCCCCACCCAUCGAAAGAAUAAUGGCUGUGUCCAUGUCCAGCUUUUUGUCGAGCGCCUACCUUCUGUAGAUUAG